CCUGCUCCUCUGGUCACCUUGUCUUUAUGUCCGUCCUGUAAGCAGACAGAGGAAGGGGGUGGAGCCUCCAAGACUGAAAGCCAAGACGGAGCCAGCAGCUGGUAGCAGCACCGAGAUGAACAAGGUGAAGUCAGAGGGAGACUCUGACUAACAGGCUGGGACCUGCUUCUAGAGGCGUCCAGAGAGGGAAAGUUUGGAGGAAAAACAGAGCCAGAUGUGAAUGUUGUUCUGUGUCGGAUCUGCUGCCUGGAGGGGAGAUAAUACAGGGUAUUGUUUGCAUCACUGCUAACGACAGCAGCGCCCACAGCAGGGGUUCCUCUUCCUCUCUCUUCUUCCUUCGCCCAGCGACGCCUCAUCAUGGUGGACCUGUUUGUUGACCGGGUUCUCGUGAAGAACAACAAGGACCAGGACGAGCUGGACACGGAGCGCGAGAUCGUCACGCGUCUGCAGAACCGCAUCCUGAUGCUCUUCUUUGCCUCUGCUGAGUCUGAGACGUGCCAGCGGUUCGCUCCCACGCUGCACGACUUCUUCAAGCAGCUGACCGAUGAGUUCUACGUGGAGCGCUCCGCCCAGCUGGUGCUGCUCUACAUCAGUCUGGAUCAGUCAGAGGAGCAGCUAGAAAACUUCCUGAAAGAGCUGCCGAAGAAGUCCCUGUUCCUUCCCUACGAGGAUCCUUACAGAAGGGAGCUGGAGACCAAGUUCGACGUGAGAGAGGUUCCCACCGUGGUGGUCCUGCGUCCCGACUGCUCCGUCCUCAUCCCCAACGCGGUGGAGGAGAUAACCCGCAUGGGUCCGGACUGCUACCGCAACUGGCACGAGGCGGCCGAGCUCAUCGACAGAAACUUCCUCACCAAGGAGGACUUUGAGGACAAGUCCAUGCGCAGCUUCAGCGACCCGGUCAGACGACUCAAGUACAAGGUGGAGGAGGAGGAGAAGAAGAAGGAAGAGAAGAAGAAGAAGAAGAAGAAGAAGCAGCGCCGAGGAUGGGGCGGAGGAGGCGACAAGGGCGAGGAAGCCGGAGCGGGCGGAGCAGACGAUAAGGACGGUGGAGGGUCGAUGUGGUGAUGGAGAGAACGAUGCCGUCAAUUUGUCCCAAAGUUGCUGUUUUGUUAGAGUUUGCCAGCUUUUUUUUUUCUACCCUUGUAAGAGUUUUGUUGUAUGGCAAAUUUCAUAAUAAAUAUGUUGAUUAUGGCA